AUGGAUGGAUAUUGCCUGCGUGGUCAAGUGGAUAGUGCGAGAAGAAUUUUUGAUUUCAUGAUAGAUAAGAGCAUUGAACCUGACAGUAUCAGCUAUAGCAUACUAAUAAAUGGAUACUGUAAGAAAAAGAAAUUUGCCGAGGCCAUGCAAUUGUUUCAUGAAAUUUCUCAAAAGGGAUCAAAACCUAAUAUUGUUACAUACAAUACUAUCUUGCAAGGGUUUUUUGAAGUUGGAAGAAUAGGCGAUGCAAAAAGAUUCUUUGAUGAGAUGCUAUCUGUUGGGCCCAUCCCUGAUAUAUACACUCAUGUCACUUUGCUCAAUGGUUAUUUUAAGCACGGAUUUGUUGAAGAAGCUAUGUCACUCUUUAAUAAGUUGGAAAGAAAGAGAGAAGAUACUGACAUUGCAUUUUACAAUGUUGUCAUUAAUGGAUUGUGCAAAAAUGGUAAACUCGACAAAGCUCAUGCUAUUUUUGUGAAGCUUUCUUCGAUGGGAUUGCUUUUAAAUGCUAAAACGUACAAUGCAAUGAUAACUGGAUUUUGUCUACAAGGGUUGUUAGAUGAAGCUAAAGAUAUUCUAAGAAAAAUGGAAGAAAACGGUUGUUUACCAAACAAUGUGACUUACAAUGUUAUUGUACAAGGAUUUCUCAGGUGCGGCAAAAUUAGCGAACUGUCAACUUUCAUGAAGGAAAUGGCUGGAAAGGGCUUCUCAUUUGAUGCAACUACAACUGAGUUUUUGGUCACAGAGAGAGAAGUUUACUGCUGCUCCAAGGUUCCCCUUCUACUAUCUCCAGAUAACUUUGACGAAAUUGUGCUGGAGGAGACGAAGGAUGUCUUGGUUGAAUUUUUUCCUCCAUGGGCUGAUCAUCUUGUUCUCGGUAGCAGUUAA